CGGGGUUGCGGGGUAGAUGAGUUACUGCGGCCUCGGCUCAGAGCAGGAGAAGCAACGAGGGGGUUUUUAGUCAGUAAGAGUCUGACACUCUCUCCUGCCCGACCCUGGGUGGGGUGAGAAGUCAUUUGAUAAUAUUCAUCUCACAAAAAAAAAAACUCCUUUGAAGUUACCAUUGUCCAUGGGCGGCGAAGAUGGCUUACCAUCAGGUGACAAAAUGAUAGGUUAUUUAGGUAUUUUGGCCUUAAAGGAAAACAUAAAACAUAAACAGGACAGCAGCGCUCUCUGUCAAACCCGAACCUCUGAAAAACUGCGAUCUCCAACGUGCCAAAAGCGCAAGUAAUGGCAAACCUCCCCUAAGUGUAUCUACCGCUACACUUCUCGGAUAAUAAGAACAACAGCGUGAAAAACAUAGUGUUGAACAAAGCACUUGAUCUUGAAGAACCAUUGACUAUCAACAACAAUCAACAAACUAUAUAUACUAACGAAAUUGCACACUUUCUUCACACAACGAGCUGUAGAUAGAUUCAGAAUCAAAUUCUAAAAUGUCUCUCUUGGCUAUUUCUUGUGUGGCCCUUCUAGUGGGUCAAACCCUAGGAGCUGGGUAUCAUGAGGAUGUGGGAAUCCCUGAAGCCGCCAGGAUCCGAGCAAAGGAAGCCCUGCAAGCCAGCGAGAGGAUCAGCGGUGGAGUUGCUUCAAGUUACGGUGAUAACCCACAUCUGGCCGGAAUAUUGAUAAACCUUAGAUCUGGUCAGAUGUCCGUCUGCAGCGGUACUCUGCUUACUACUAAAAAAGUGCUGACUGCUGCUCAAUGCUGGUACGACGGUUACAACGUGGGCAGAAAGGCUGAGGUGGUUUUGGGUUCACUGCAGCUCUUCAGUGGCAGCAAAUGGGAUGUAGCGGGAGUGACUGUGCACUCCAAGUACAACCCUAGCACUCUGUUCAACGACCUCGCCAUGAUGACCCUCAGGUGGAGUGCUUGGGUCAGCAAUAAUAUAAAGCCAGCCUUCCUCCCGGACCCUGCGAACGCUACUUACACCUUCGCUGGAGAUGAAGCACGCGUCUCAGGAUAUGGAAAGACGAGCGACUAUGACGAGCUGAACCCCAACACGAACCAGCAAGCGCUGACAGUAACGGUGAUGGGAAGGUGGGACUGCUACUAUAACAUGGCGCGACGACCGGCGGACUACAGCAAGAUUAUGUGCACUCCUGGCAACAUCAUGUGGGGCACUUGUGGCGCGGAUCUCGGUGGCCCUCUGGUCAUACCAAACUUCAAUGGCACUGGAAACCAUCUACUGAUUGGAGUGACAUCUAUUCAGUCUCCUUUCGGCUGCACGACACAGUUCGCGACUGGGUACACCCGCGUCACCGAAUACCUUUCCUGGAUAAACAGUAACUUGUAA